AUGGAAGACCUUCUUCGCGAUGUUUCUUUCGGCCAUCAUCUCAAACAAUCCAAACCCCCACUGCCCAACCAAUCCCUCCAACGCGAACCUACGCGAGCCAUCCAGAAUUUCAUCCUCAACAAACACAUCACCGCACCAGUACCGCCAGAUUCAAAUCCCUGCACCCACCGUCCUGUUGCGCGAUCGCCAGAGAGAGAGAAGAAGGAGGAGGAGGAGGAGGAGGAGGAGGAGGAGAAGAAGAAGAAGGAGAGGAAGAAGAAGAGGAAGGAGAAGAAGAAGAAGAAGAAGAAGAAGAGGGAGAAGAAGAAGAGGGAAGAACAAACAAACGUCGAGGCUGCGGCGAGAUUCUCGCUCUUUGUCGGUGAGGAGAGAGGGAUAGGGUAG